GACGACGUGCGCGGCUUUGUGCACGCGGUCGACUGGACCGAGCCGUGGCUCAAGGGCCUGCUCGGGCUCCACCUGUCCGUGUGGGCUGUGGUCAUUGUGACGCGGCGCGUCAACGAGUUGCAGAUGGCGCUCCUCGUUGCGAUCCUCGGUGCAGUCUACGGCGCGGAGCGGCUGAACGCGCUCGGCGCGGCGCACUGGCGCGAGUUUGCCACCCAAGACUACUUUGACGAGCGCGGCGUCUUCGUUGCGCUCCUCUACUGCACGCCCUUGCUGCUCGCGGCGGGCUUCAUUCUGCUCAACGCCCUGCGCACGACCGCGAGACUUCUCGUCGAGGUGCGACGG